AGCUAGUGCAGCAAGGCCAGGACCAACAGAUUGAGCCGCAGAAUCAGCAACAGCAGCAACCGCAGCAGGAGCAGGAGCAGCAGCAGCAGCAGCAACUAUACCAGCAGCAGAAUCGGCACCAGAGUCAGCAGCAGCAGGCAAACCAGCCGCUACAGCCGGCGCAACGGCCGCUACAGCCGUCCAAGCGGCCGCUACAGGCGUCCCAGUUCGAUUUAGAGUUCCCCUUUGCUAGCAUUGACUCUAUGCGCGCAGCAGAGAUGGAGGCUCUGGAAAAGGCUAUUACAGGGUUCUCACGGGGUGCUUCUAACGAGGAUAGGGUUGCUGUAGGGUCUGGUGGUUCGGCAGUAGGAGUAACUCACCUGAGGGCAAUUCAGCCGAAGCAGAACCACCAACCAAGAGUGAUUCAACCAAGAGUGAUUCAACCGAGAGUGAUGGAGCAGCAGCAGCAGCAGAGAGUGGAGGCGGUGCCGAGGGCAGUGAGUGAGUUUGGAGACACGGAGAGUGUGCGGGACCUGGCAAGUGGGCGGGUGUCGGAUGAAAUGCUGCAACAAGACCUGCUGCAGCUGGCUGAAGCCGUGGCUACAGGCGACCAGCCGCGAAUGGUGUCUUUGACUCGGCGCCUGCGCCCUCUCUCCUCCCCCUACGGCACGCCCAUGCAGCGCGUCUCACACUACCUGCUCACUGCCCUCGCCAAGAGGGCUGCAGGCGCCUUAGGAACCGACUACAUUGCCUAUCUCAGCCGCGCUCCCGAGGAGGAAGCGUUGAUUCUGGCGUUUGCAGCGCACUGCCCCACGCUGCAGUUCUGCUACUCCGCCCUGGCCUGUGCCAUGCUGGACGCGGCAGAGGAUGAGUCCAACAUCCACAUCGUUGACUUUGCCAUGUGGGCAGGCCAGUGGCCAAUCGUCAUCCGCCAGCUGGCGGCAGCUGCCCGGAAAAGAAUGGCCGCAGCAGCUGUUACCAUCAACAGCCAUAACAGCAGCAGCAGCAGCGGCAGCAGCAGCAGCAGCGUUGGUAUCUGUGACAGUACUGCUGCUACCACCAGCCAUGCUUCCCAAUCACCAUCCGCCUCCCACCCUUCUCCGUCCCAGCCCACCUCCGCCCACCACUCCCCCUCACCCUCGUCAUCCCCUUCUCCCACACCCCUGCAAGGUCCUUCUACCUCUGCUCCUUCUCCCAUCCCUCCCUCCUUUCUCCGGAUCCGAUUCACAGCUGUAGACCCUCCUUUCGGUCAUCCCUAUGGGACUGGCCCGAAGCUUCCUGCGGCCUUCCUGCAGGCUGAGCUGGCGCGGGCGGCGCAGGAGUGCGGCGUGAGCUUGUCCUUUUCCCGGGUCGAGGCGGCGCCGGAGACGCUGCGGGCGGCGGCGAUUGGAGUGGAGCGGGGCGAGUGUGUGCUGGUGAACGUGGCUGGGCGGCUGGCGUGUGUUGCAGAUUCUACAGUUCUCAGGCACAGCCCAAAGGAUACAGCAAUAAAGGCAAUCAUGCAGCUAGACCCCAAGGUGGUGUCGUUAGUCGAGUGGGACUCCAACCAACAACAACCCUUCUUUCUCCACCGUUUCAAAGACGCUCUCCUCUUCUUCCACAACAUCUUCGCCUCCCACGACGCACUCGCCUCGCGCUUCUCCUUUGGCCGCCGCGGCUUCGAGGAGUUCGUUCUCGCACGGGAAAUGGUGAACCUGGUGGCGUGCGAAGGCAUGCAGAGGCUGGUGCGAGCAGAGAGGUUGGACCAGAUGCACACGCGGAUGGGGAGGUUGGGGGUGGCAGCACGGCCGUACAGCAAGAGGAGCAUGUGGGGGUUGAGAGAGCUGAUCGCGCCGUAUCCUAAAGGGUUUGCGGUUGAGAGGCAUCCGCAGGGGGGCGUGCGCCUGCUGUGGAAUGGCCAGUCGAUUCUGGGUGCCUCUGCUUGGACCCCCGGGGGAGGAGAUGGGAGGAGAUGA